UCUGAAUAGAAGCACGUACUCAUGUGAUUCUUUUUCAUUUUAUUUACGCUUUCCCGGCCGUCAAAAUAACAUCAAAAUUAUCAAUUCUACAAAACGUUAGUGACUCUGUACGGAAUCCCGGGAAAAUGUGCUGAUUAAACUGCCAAGUACAACGUAAUGUUUCAAACGAAACACUUUGARAAACGUUUAGCUUCUCUACGUCUAAACACGACCAUGGAAUAGAAAUAGGCCGAAAUUUUGUAGAAGAAUGUUAUGUAGUUUAAUAGUGAGUUGUUGAUGUGGACUUCUGUCUCACUUCCUCUCCGUGCGUUUUUCGGUGUAGCAGAAUAAUGGCAAUGUCGAACGCUAGACGAAGCAUUACGCCUUCACCAUCUGUCAACUUCGAUCACUUAGCCGCUGUGCCUGUCCCUGUCCUUGGAGGAAGUAUGUCGUUCAUCUGUGUUGAACCAAGAGAAGACGAACAAGAAAUACGUAGAAGUAAAGACAAAGGAUGGGCCUGGGUUGUUUGUGCGGGGUCGUUCUUGAUGAUGUUUUUCACAUUUGGAACGCAUACUUGUUUUGGCUUUUUUCUAAGUGCUUUGCUCGAUCAUUUUAAGGACAGUAAAGGUGAAACAGCGUGGGUUGGCUCCAUUAGUAUCAAUCUUCUAUUUCUGUUCAGUCCAAUCACCAGUCAUAUAGCGGGGCGGUAUGGUGUACGUGUAGUUACCGUAGCAGGCGGGAUUGUCAUCAGCUGUGGUCUCUUCAUCUCAGCUUUUUCUCCUAAUAUACUCGUAUUGUAUCUAACAUACGGCCUUCUAUUUGGAGUUGGUACAAGUCUGUGCGGUACGAUGGCUCUCAUUGUGACCAUGGAAUAUUUUGACAAACAUUUAUCUCUCGCUACAGGGAUUGUAGCAUCAGGWGGCAGUGUGGGGACCUUGUCUCUGGCUCCUUUYAUUCAGUAUCUAUUAGAAAGGUUUGGAUGGCAAUYAACCUUCAAAAUUCUUGGUUCUGUAGGAGUAUUAUUAGCGGUAGUUGGUUUUGUGUUUAAACCAAUAAAAAAGAGAAGCGAUGAAGGCGAACCUCUUCGACGUCAAAGCCAAGGCUCGUGUAUCUCGAACCGUAAAUGUUGCAAUUUUAACKUUUUUGACUUUUCUGUGCUCAGAAACAAAGCAUUUAUUCUUUGGAUUAUCGCGACGUCUUCCUCMGGGUUGGGGUAUUUUAUUCCAUACUUUUUUGUGAUCAAAUACUCCGAGGAUAUAGGUAUUCCAAGAUCCAAAGSUAGCUGGCUAAUCUCGUAUCUCGGCAUCUCAUCGACAAUUGGUCGUAUACUCUUCGGAAAACUAUCUGAUAUUUGCCGUGUUCGAAACCUGAAUAUUUAUCGUUGUUGUAUGCUGCUUAUUGGAGUAGCAUCAGCACUAUGUACYUUAGCCGAGACAUACGAAGCAUUGAUUGCUUAUGUAGUGGUUUUAGGACUGCUUGAUGGCUCUUACAUUGGAUUAAUGUCUAUUGUCACGUUAGACAUAGUCAGGUUGAACAACAUUAUCCCUGCCUGGGGUAUAUUGUAUUUUUGUCAGUCAUUUACGUAUCUGCUUGGCCCACCGGCCGCUGGAAUGAUUUGUGAUUACCUCUCAUCCUAUAAACCAGUGUUCUACAUGGCUUCCUUUUCCAUGAUCUUUGGAGCCAUCGUUUUAUUAUUUGUUCCAUGUUACAUACCCGUUAGCACUACCAACUUACAACAGGAGCUAGUGACAAACAUUACUAUCACCUCCCCUAACGGGACGUGCACGAGAGGUCUGCCUGAUAUAAUCGUUACAGUUUCCCCAAACAGAGAAUAUCUUGUUGAGGAAAACUUAACAUCUCUAUGAAUAACGAAAUAUAAGAUAAUAUUUAACAAUUAUUCGCCGAAGGCGAAGUGAAUAUCGGGGAUUAUUUACCUAGACGUGAGUCUUCGAGCGGCGAG